CCAUUGCACCUGCUCCUCCCAUCCUGCCUUAUUAUCCUCAUGUUCUCUCCAAGUGAUGCUUCUCAGCUACGGGAGGGAGCGGUGCGCACGACCGAUUUCUUGGGAUUAUUUUCGUCCCGUGAGAGGCUCGCUAUCGACGGACAAAGGCUUCUGGACAUGUGGGCUUCUCGUCAGAGUCAGCUGGAAGUGGACAGGACGACUGGGAACACAUUGUGAGAGGGAAGCAGAGUGACUUCGAGGUAACAAGACCCCCGGGAGAGUGGAGAUCGGCGGAUGUUGGAAUCUCAACAUGACACAUAAAGAACGAGUAUCAACAUGAUCUUUGGAUAAUAAUAAAAAAAAAAGAAAGAAGAGAGAGAGAGAGAGGGUCGCAAUCGGCAGUUUGCAAUGAAGUGAGUGGAAGAGGAGCGCACGUUCGGUAACUUCGCCAUGAAAUCAGUGUUCUUCAGCCGAUUCUUCAUCCUGCUGCCUUGGGUCCUAAUAGUCAUCAUCAUGAUCGAUAUGGACAGCAAAAGAACGAGCUGGACUCCGAUCGAUGUUCCGCGCGGCAAGCUCGGUGGCUCCAAGAACCAUUCUGUCCUGCCGGUCAUUUACGCCAUAACUCCCACUUACACGCGACCGGUGCAGAAAGCCGAGCUGACCCGAUUGGCCCACGCGUUCCGUCAGGUUCCCCAAUUCCACUGGAUUGUGGUGGAGGAUUCCACGGUGCGCACGGAUCUGGUGAGCCGCUUCUUGGCUCACUGCGGUGUGCCUUAUACGCACUUGCACGUCUUCACACCGCGCAGGUUCAAGCGCGCCGGUAUGCCCCGUGCAACCGAGCAGAGAAAUUUGGCCCUGGGGUGGCUCCGGCAACACCGGACACGCCGGGACGCAGGGGUGGUCUUCUUUGCGGACGACGACAACACUUACAGCCUGGAGCUGUUUCAAGAGAUGCGGAACACUCGACGUGUAUCUGUGUGGCCAGUGGCGUUUGUAGGUGCCAGAACAUAUGAGCGCCCAAUAGUGGCAGGGGGCAGAGUUGUGGGCUGGUACACUGGCUGGAGACCAGAUCGUACCUUUGCCACCGACAUGGCAGGUUUUGCUGUGAACCUCCAAGUCAUCCUGGCCAAUCCAAGGGCGCAGUUCAAGAGGCGCGGCAGCCAGCCCGGAAUGCAGGAGACCGACUUCCUCAAGCAGAUCACCAAGGUGGCGGAGUUAGAACCCAAGGCCAACAACUGUACUCGGGUGCUGGUUUGGCAUACACGCACUGAGAAGCCACACCUUGGAAAUGAGUCUAAACAUCCUAAGGACACUGUGGUCAUCGAGGUGUGACCUACAAAGAGAAGAGUAUUUUAAAACAAAAAGGCAUUCGGGAUUCCCAUCAUAUCGGAGCUGGAACUCGCUGGUUGCAUACAGCUCGCUUUCUUUGGUGAAUAACGACAUAACACGGAGGAAGUGAAUCAGUCAGGACAUGUCAACAGGAACAGUGAGAGCUACUCUAUCUAUUUUCAACACCUGAAGGAUGCUUCGGAGCUGACAGCGAGAGAGUGUAGUCAAUCCCAGCUGACCUUGGUCCCGGACUGCCCAGCUAUCAAUUAGAGAGCCGCAAUGGAAAUUCUGCAGCGUUAACCUCUACACCACCCAUGACCCCAAAAAGAUAACUGUAUAUUUCAUCCAUCCAUGGUGGUUUAAAAAAGAAAACAUUGUGUUCAAGUGUGAUUAUUUUUGAAAGCAUUACUGUUGGUGUACUGUUGCUAAACAAUCAAGAUUUGUGGUCUGUGUAAAGGUACUGGCCAACAUUGUUUGACGUAGUGACUGGAACAUUUCUCAGUGAUACUGAUAAUGAAAAUUUGGGAAGUGCAUGACUUCACUUUGUUUGAUAAUUGUGUCUUUCUUUAACUGUAUCGACAUAGAGAGAAAACAAGUUCAAGAUUUGGGUCAAGCAGAGUGCAGUUUGCCAUAAAGCAAUCGUUAUUUGAUUGUAUCUGGAAGCAAUUAAGGCGAGUUGGAUUUAGUUCUAAAGAAGGAACCACCAAGCGAUAAGGAUCGGAAUAAAAUCCAUAUCAAAUGUUCCAGGAAAUAUUAUUUUGCUGAAUGUAAGUAGGACUUUGAACAAUCCGAGAAAUAUUGUCAUCCAAGAAGACCUUGUCAAAUGCUUGUCCAUAAUCUAAGAGGGAGAACUCCAGUGCUUUGCCUUCUUCUCAAAUUCCUACUUUCUUGUGAAGUUUCCAGAUUUUAAUGUUCAGAUCAUAAAACAGUACAAGACAAAGAUUUGUUUUAAUUCAACAACAUGGGGACCCAAGCGCAUGAAGGGCAGUUUUAAGGAUGGGAUACAAGUCCAGAAUUUAACGAGGCCAUUCCUAUUAUUUUUCUUUCUUUCUUAUUUUUAAAGCAUUUAAGGUUGCAAGUAUGUUAUGGAUUGUAUUCCUGCAGCAGAAUCCAAAGCUGGAGGUCAGAAAAUGAAGGCUGAACAUUCUCCCUGAAGAUUUUUUGAUAAAGGACAGAAUUCGACCUUAAGUGAGGUGCGGGAGGUUUGCAGCAUUUUAGAUGUGGCCUUGGGUUCCUUUGUGACCUCCUAAAUGAGU